AUGAUAAGAUCUGUAUUGCAUUAUGUCAGUUCAGUCUGGACUAGUUGCGAUAAGGAGAAUUUAAGCCGUGUUUUUAAGCUACAAAAGAGAUCAGCAAGGCUAAUAACCAGGCGUCUAGUGUUAAAGUCCUACAGUUGCUUCCUUUUUAUGAAGAAGUGAAAAUAGCUAAAUGUUGUGUGGCAUAUAAACGCAUCAAGGGUGAAGUUCCC